UGAUCUUUCAUUCGUAUGUUAGGUAAUGAAGAGCAAGAAAACCAUCUGCUUCUGCAUCCCUGCCCGGAAACCUAAGGAAAGGAAUGAUCAAGACAAGCACGAUGACGGAUCCCAUUCUAGCUCUCGUCGUCGCCGGGACGGUAAGAACAGAGGAGGGCACGUCAGCUCAACGGCUCCUAAUGAUGAUCAAGGUGAAGGCAACAAUGACACAGGAACAGCAGAUGAGGCCCGACCGGCGAAGCCAAAGUGGGGAGAGCUUGAUGAGGACGACGGAGACGACCUGGACUUUCUUUUGCCGCCGAAGGAGGUGAUCGGACCCGAUGAGAACGGCGUCAAGAAGGUAAUUGAGUAAGCAUUCAAUGAGGAAGGCAGAAAGGUUAAGAUCACUACUACCAUUCGGACUCGGAAACUCGCUAAGGCUCGGCUUAGUAAGCAGGCGGUGGACCGCCGCUCGUGGGCUAAAUUCGGCGUCGCCGUGAAUGAGAUCGCUGGCGAGAGCCGGACUUUGGUCUCCACUGAAAAGAUUCAUCUCGAGCGCGCCCAAAAGAGUAGCAAGGCGGCAGAUCCAGAACCUUUGGCCCCCAAAACGAUUGCUACUUACAUCAAAUGCAGGUACUGUAUGGGUGAGCAUUGGACUUCAAGUUGCCCGCACAAGCAUCUUUUACAAGAAACAGAAGAAUCUGAAGUACCUGUACCAGAUACCAAGACUGCAGAAACCAGCAAGAAGACAUAUGUUCCUCCAGGCUUGAGAUCUGGGGCAGACAAACAGGAAGCGAUUGACAAAUUCAAUGGGUAUGGUUACGAUAAUCUCAUCCUUAGCGUCGAAUGAACCGCACCCAGGCCGAAUUAG